UAUCAGGUAACAACAUUUAACCCUCAAACUUGCAACGAGUUCUAACAUAAACAACACAAUUAUUUUCACUAAAAUUAUUAAAAUGAGCUCCAGAACAACACGCAAACGAAAAAUACAAAUACCUACAACUGAUACAUUGCCUGAUAAACCAAAUAAAAUAGAUAAAUCUCUGCCUGAGACAAUUUAUCCUGAAGAGACCAGAGUAAGUAAAGACUUCUUCGACAAAUCAAGUUAUGACCUUGCCAGAGCACUCCUUGGUAAAAUAUUGGUUCACAAAGUUGAUGGAGAACUUGUGAAGUGUAUUAUUAUUGAAACAGAAUUAUAUCCUGGAGGUGAUGACAAAGCUUCUGUUUCCUACAAUAAUAGACGUACAGCUGCAAAUGAACCAGUAUAUGGUCCACCAGGCACCACUUGGGUGUAUCUUACAUAUGGAAUGCAUCAUUGCAUCAACAUUUCGAGUGCAGAUCAUGGUGGCGCUGUACUUUUAAGAGCUGGAGAACCACUUGAUGGGCUUGAUAAAUUAAUGGAACUCAGAAUAAAAAAUAUGAAGAUGAGCAGAGAUCUGAAAAUUAAGGAUUUGUGUAAUGGCCCAGCAAAGUUGUGCAAAGCAAUGGGCAUUGACAAAAAAACUUGCAAUGGAUUAAAUGUUGCAGAUAGUAAUAAAUUAUGGAUUGAAGAAUAUGCAAAUGAAGGAGAUAUUGAAAGAAUUAUUAGUGCGAAACGCGUGGGAAUUGAUAGAAGUGGUGAUGUUGCAGUUAACCAACUCUGGCGAUUUUAUUACUACAAUCAUCCUUGUGGCACAAGAAGAGAACCUGAACGCGAAGAACAAUAAAUUUAUUUUAUACUACAAUAUUACUAUACUAUAUACCAUACAAUAAAAUUAUUAUCUUUGUUACUCUUAAUGUUACUUUAUGUCAAUAAACUAUUAUGAAGUUUA